GUUUCGGCCCGACCGCCGUUUGGUAAGGACGUGUGCUUGUGCAAGUGUCAAAGUAUUUGGUGUCAACAAACUGUUGUGUCUGUCGCGUGUGUUAUUGUGUUUGUUGCAGUUUAUUUUCACCCUGGAUAUCGAGUUUGAUGAGCGUUCGGUGUGCGUGAUGCGCGCGCCGAGCGACAGCUGGUCGGUGGCGCGCUGGUCGCAGGCGGGCGAGCCGCUCGAGCCCGCGCACGCGCCGGACCACGCGCACGAGCCGCCCUCGCCCCCCUCGCCCUCCACGCCCGUGUCGCCGCACCUGCCCGUCACGCCUGCGUAUCCAUACGACGAACGCAUCAACGAUAGAUUCGCCAUAUGGCAAGGCGAUAUAACAUCGUUAGAAGCGGACGUGAUAACGAACACGACUGAUGAAACCCUCCUGGAGUGCAACGAGGUGAGCACGCGCAUCAUGUACGCCGCCGGACCCGAGCUGAAGGAGGAGAUCAUCACCAGGGGAUACGAGUGCCGGACGGGCGAGGUGGUGGUGACCCCCGGGUUCAACCUGCGCUGCCGCCACAUCAUCCACACCGUGUGCCCAAAAUACGUGCCCAAGUAUCACACCGCAGCCGAGACUUCGCUACAGAACUGUUAUAAGAACGUGUUGAUGGCGGCGUCGGAGCUGGGCGCGCGCACGCUGGUGCUGUGUCUCGUGCACACGCCCCGCCACGGCUUCCCGCACGACCUCGCCGUACACACCGCGCUGCGCAUGUGCCGUCGCCACCUGCAGCAGUCGCGCUCGCCGCGGCUGGUGGUGCUGUGUGCGGGCGCGGCGGGCGCGGCGGGCGCGGGGGGCGCGGGGGGCGUGUCGAGCGCGGCGGCGUGCGCGCGCGCGGCGGCGCUGUACUUCCCGCGCGCGCACGCGCCCGCGCACGACGCGCCGCGCGCAGACUCGCCGCCCGACCGCCGCAUACGCAUCAUACACAACCCGCACUCGCAAACCAACAAUGUAGCGGACGACGACACGUCGCUGUACGACGAGGAGGCGGCGGUGGAGGCGGCGGCGGCGCUGGCGCGCGCGGGCGACACGCAGCGCCUGCUCGCGCCCGCGCCCCACGUGCCGCGCGCGCGCCUGCUGCACCACCACAUAGAAUACGAGCGUCUGCUCCGACGUGCCAAGUCCGAGGACCUGAGCGAGGUGUCGGGAAUCGGCUGCUUGUACCAGAGCGGCGUCGACCGGCUCGGGCGGCCCGUCGUCGUGUUCAUCGGCAAGUGGUUCCCCAUCGGAGACAUCGAUCUUGACAAGGCGCUUCUGUACCUGAUCAAGCUGCUGGACCCGAUCGUGCGCGGCGACUACGUGAUCGCGUACUUCCACACGCUCGCCUCCUCCGCCAACCACCCGCCUUUCUCCUGGCUCAAGGAAGUCUACACCGUACUGCCUUACAAAUAUAAGAAAAACCUGAAAGCCUUUUACAUCGUUCAUCCCACGUUUUGGACGAAGAUGAUGACGUGGUGGUUCACGACGUUCAUGGCGCCGGCGAUCAAGGCGAAGGUGCACACGCUGCCCGGCGUCGAGUUCCUCUACUCGGUGAUGGCGCGCGACCAACUCGAGGUGCCCGCCUUCGUCACGGAGUACGACAUGACGAUAAACGGCAUACACUACUUCCAGCCGGACACAAACAACACGUAAGGCGCGGUGUCCCGCUAUCGUGUUGCGCUGUUGUUAUGACGUCACGGCCACACGUGUUGCCAGCUCUGCGCUGCGGAUUAAAAAACCUACGAAAAAGGACAAAAAAAAAUAUUACAAAAUGUAAGCUAAAUAUAGAAAUAUAGAUGUUCAAAAAAAUGUGAACUGCUGUACAAUUACUGAAUUUGGUAGGUUUCAACAGCAUUGAGCUGGCAAUACGACUUCAAGUUCGAACAGCCAAUAUGAUGGUUGUAUUGAUAAGUAACGUGACAGGUUGCCAUAAGAAAAGUGCGAAAUUAGUAAAAUUAUGUCGGCCACGUUAAUAGUAGCUAGCGAUUUGUUUUUAAAGAUUGUUGGUUGUUCGAAUUUGUAGUGCCAAUGGCUGCUGUUAUAAGUUUUUUAUGGAUUCUUUAAUCCUUGUUAAAUUACGAAAAUAUUCCAAUAAAACUAAAUAGAAAGUUGAAUUUGGUAGUGAAUGCCUUAAUAUAUAUUUUUUUUAUAUUGAACAUAAUAUUAUUUUAAUUUUAGCCCUCAUCAUUCUCAGAACAGUUUGUCAACAAUUAUCGACACAAAAUUAUGCAAAUAUAUUAUUAAUUUAACAUGGAAUGAAAAAUCCAUUGAAAACAUAUUUGUUGAGAGUAUAUCAAGUAAUAUAGUAUUAGCGGUGCAUUUUUAUAUUAUUUACGAUAAGGGAACGUGUUACAUACCGGUAGUUAUUCUCAUUAGGCUAAAAUUCGCGUGUACACGUUACAAGAACCAGCAAGGCCCGUGUAUUUUAAUUUUAUAUUAAAUAUUUUUACUGUGUGCUAUUUUUGUAUUUUAUAUUCGAGGUGUGAAUGUUGUAGAAAAAAUAGUGCUUCUGUCGUGUUUGCUUACGUGGCAACACUGGAAAUGUCAAAUUUGUUUUGGUCUAUAGUAGUUCGGCAGACGCAAUAGUAUUAGUGUUAAGGUCAAGUUAUAUUGUCGCCCGCGGCUUUGCCUUAAGUGUUUUGUGGGUUGUUCCGGUAAAAUAGAUUAUGUGAAUCAAACUGUAUGCCGAUGUAUUUAAUUUUUAUAAGUGCAGACAGAUUAUCAGGUCGCCGUUGUAUGUUAAAUUGACAUGGGUAGAGUUUUGUAAGUGGCGUAUCUAAAUUUUGCAAAGCGCAUCCAAGUUAGAACCGAAGAAUAAAAAAUAAUGAUGUACAAACACUACACACUGUUACAUAUAGGUAGUUAAGACUUAUGUGAGUUCUGCCUACUUUCUUAUUUGGUAAGAAUAAAGUGGUGAUAUAGACAUAUUCGAGGUAUAUAAUUGCUUUUGAAAUCAACAUCGUGAUAAAUUAGGACCGAUUUCAAUAAAAAAAAUCAACUGCUAAUCGAUAGAUUAUAUUAUAUUAUCUCCAACUGCCGACAGCUCUGUUACGAGUCAUUUCGGCAGAUGGCGCUAUUCAAAUUGUGUUCAAAUUCAACAUUAGUGUCUACCCUCCUUACAGUUCUAGUUGUACCUUUUCUCUAUAAUAUAGGCGCCUCAUCGUAAAAUAAUCACUGCGACAGGGUAAACGUCUAGCACAUAAAUCUAUCUUUUUAAAUAGCCUUUCCUAGGGCAUAUGUUUCAUAAUAAAUAGAUGUUUCGAGUUACUUAGUACAGAUUAUAUUACAGUACAUUGCAUGCAAAGUUUGGAACACCGAUAGGGUGUACUCACUUACCGCUAUUCUUAAUCACAACGUAUGGCUUAAUGUCUUCAAGUAAGCUAGGUGCCUUUACUCUAGCGGUCGCUUCACAUUAACAACGGUGAAUGGGCGGCGCCACUGGUUUAUUGCAUUAAAAUCUAAUUAAAAAGGUGUAGCGGGUCGGUCAAAUGUUCUUAACUUAUUAUUCUAGUAAUAAUUGCUAAUACAAUGUAAUAUUAUGUACUUAGACAUAUCUAAUGUUCUAUUUUACAUCUCUAAAAGGUGCUUCAUAUUUUUUCGCUAAAUAUCAUUUGUAAAAGUGUAUGCUCGCUAUAAAAUUUGGUAUAUCGUAAAAUAGUUGAUACGAGACUAUUAUAUCAUUGUAUAGUGAGCAAAUGCUUUAUGACCUGUAUGUACUAGAAGUUAAACCCAAGACCUUUCAAGCGAUUCCAGAUAAAAUUUUCCUUACACGUUUAAGCGUUUGGUGUCGCAAAAGGCUGUCGUUGUAAAUAUAUUGUUGUAUAAUGAGAUAUUUUUCAUACGAAGCACUCAUUCACUUGCACCAAUUUAUUGUACUUUGUAUAAAUCGAUCAAAUAGUCGACCAAGACGAACGUAGCGUUGUCGCCAGGCCUUACGGAAGCACGUACAAUCUAAUAUUAAAUCAACUUUAUAUAAUAUUUGUAUAUGUAAAUGAAGUUUUCGCUUCUUAUAUCCCAUUUUCGACGGGACUCUUUCUCAAUGGAGCUUCGAAUUGUGAGAUUUCGUCUAUACGAGCUUUCCUAAGUAGUGGUAAAUGUAGUGUUGCCAAUUAAUAUUACACUGCCACACGAAACGUUACGAUAGUGUCGCGCCGGCGGCGGGCGCGGGAACUGUUAAAGAUAUUUUUGUACUGUCACGUUGUUACAGUCUCGCGAGGUGUCGCGUUAGGUGAUACUAGACAUUGUUUUUGACUCUAAAAUUGAUUUUUGUACCAUCAAUAGCUAUUCAGUAAACAUAAAGUACAGUUGAUAUUUUUGAUCGUUGAACUAUUUUUCGUAUAAAAAAAUCUGUGUGCCACCAUUUUUAUUGUGUAAAGAAAGUUGUUGCAGUGUGUGAUUCUAGAUGCGCGUUCAGAGUGACACUAGUGAGAUAAUAUAAUUGCAAACUAUUCAUUGAAAGUGAGAAUUUGACUUCCGCAUAUAAUUUGUGGCAGCUUGUAGCCAAGUGACUUGUAAAAAUCUGGGUUGCCACAAAUUAAAUUCGAAAAUAUUCUAAAUAUAAAAAUAUUACUAUAGACAAAUUGUGGAACAAUCGCCAAAUAAGUAUUCCGCGAAAUAUUAUAUUGCAAUGUGAGAAGUUACUGUAUAUCCGUAUGAGGAAAUGUUGUUGUCUCAUUGUAUGCACUAGUGAUAAUGUUAUCAAGGCCUUAGAUGUUAACUAUUGUUAUUUUGUAGUGUCUUUGUGUUGCAAAGUUUAUCGCUGUUGAGGGACAGAGGUCGAGGAGGUAGUGGGGGGUACUGAUCAACUUUGUUUUUGUAGUUUUCGUCAAUCGAUGUAGAAAUGGCAUCUUCUUGUAACUUUCAAAGAAUGAGAUACGAGCUAUUCUAGAUUUACUGUAUGUAUGGAACUUAUGUUCUCUAUUUUUUAGUUUACUAUUAAUAAAUACCAAAAAAACAACCGAAAGCUUUAUCUUUAUGUACUAGAGAAUGUUCUAGUAAUGUAAUUAUAAAUUAAAAUCUUAUUUUAUUGUCAUUUUAAAUGCUUGAAUUUCCCUUAUAAUUCAACCUUCCUUGUUGUUACACAGUACUGUCUCAGAGAAAUCGAUUGACGAGAACUAAAAGGUAUGUGAGAACAUCAAGAUAAUUGUUAUAUUUAAAAGAGAUGUCAAAAAUGUGAUCAUGAGAAAAAGUUGGUUAAGUUUCAUAUUUUAUUGAUAUAAAUAGAGCAUUAAUUUAGAGUAUGUAAAUAUUUAACAAAAUACAAAAUAAAAUUAUUAAUUUACUAA